AUGACAGCAACCAUUGUUCCAACAUCUCUCCUUGACAUAACCGGCACGAGUAUCGCUAACGGAUAUCGCUUUCCUAUAGACUACGCAAGUGUUGCUCAGGAAUUCGUUUCCUUCUAUUAUAACACUUUCGAUACCAAGCGAAGUGCUCUUCGAGACCUUUAUCGUCCCAAUUCGAUGUUAACCUUCGAAACAGCCUCUGUUCAAGGCACCGACGCAAUCAUAGAACGACUUACGGGCUUGCCGUUCCAAAAGGUUACACAUGUCCAGUCGACUAUCGAUGCACAGCCAACUGAGGAGGGCGGGGUUGUCGUUCUCGUGACAGGUGCCCUAAACGUUGAUGAGGAACCAAAGCCGAUGAACUACACGCAAGUCUUCCAUCUCCGUCCCAACGGGACAGGAAGCUUCUACGUCUUCAAUGACAUCUUUAAACUCGUCUAUCCCCAAUAA